UUUCACCGGUGGUGGUAGCUUUCCUACUCCGACACGGCUAAAAAUAUGCAAAUCCCUAACCCUAGACACGGCCAUGGUUAAUAAAACUCAUCACUUUCUUCUACUUCUCUCUCCUCUAAGCUAAACCCGAGCCUCCAAAGAUCUUUCCCCGUUGGUCGAAAAAACCAGAUGGGUGACAGCGAAGAUGAAACAGGGUACCCAAAAAAGUUUUACUCUUUGAAUCGACAGAGUCAUCCUAUGUAUAGUAGACCCAUUCCUAAGCGUCACGCGUAUUACCAUGAAGAAGAAGAUGAACAAGAAGAAGAUGAGGUCGAAGGAGACGAUGAGGAGCCACAAGGAGGAGGAGGAGGUUACAGUCGUGGGAAUGAGAGGUUUCAGAAGAGGCAGAAACCAAACAAACCUGCGGUUUCUGGGUAUGAUUUUGCUGGACCAAGUGAUGGGAAAGUUAAGUAUGAUUGGAGAGAGCAAGAAGCGUUUGUGUUGCUUGAAGUUUGGGGAGAUAGGUUUUUGCAAUUGGGUAGGAGGAGUUUGAGGAACGAAGAUUGGAAUGAAGUAGCUGAGAAAGUGUGUGAAGAGCUUAGGAUGGAGAAAUCUGAGACUCAAUGUAGGAGAAUGAUUGAUAACUUGAAGAGGAAGUAUAGGAAAGAGAAGAUUAAGGUCGAGAAAUCGGGUUUAGGUUCGAGUAAAUGGGCGUUUUUUAAUAAGUUGGAUAUGUUGCUCUGUGUUUCGCCUAAGUCGGAUUUAGGUUUAGCUUGUGGUGUUGAUUCAGGUGAGUUUGUGUUUAUGAACACAAAGGUUUAUUUGGAUAAAUCAAACGGGUUUGAUGAGAUGAUGGAUAGUCCUGGUGAUUCAGAAGAGGAGGAGGAUGAUGAAGAAGAGGUUGAUUACGAGAGGAAGAAGUUUAAUGACGCUGCUUCGUAUAAGAUGUUGGCGGAUUCCGUUGAGAAGUUUGGGAAGAUUUAUGAGAAGAUGGAGAAGAGUAAGAAAGAGCAAAUGAAGGAGUUGGAGAAGAUGAGAGCUGAUUUUCAGAAAGAUUUGGAGUUGCAGAAGAAACAGAUUGUGGAUAGAGCUCAGAGUGAGAUUGCUAGGCUACGUGAAGAGGAAGAGAACAAUCAUGGUGAUGGUGAUGCUGGUGAUGAUGAGAGUGAAGAUGAGGAAAUGGAGAAUGAUUCUGAUGUUAACCUCAGUGAUGAAUAAGUUAUAAAACUUUGUAGGCUGUGUUGUUAUAGAUAUGCAAAAAAGGGAGUUCUGUUUUUUUCGUUUUGGAGAAUUCAGAAUUUGAUUAUUUUUUGUAAUUUGUGUUUGGUCGUUGAAACUUUAUUAGUUAAGGUUACUUGCAUUAAUAUAUUUCCUUGUUAAGAACU